UCCUCAUGUUCAUACUAUCAUUGAUAUUAUCUGGUCUUCUUGUUCUCUACCAGCCAUUUUUUCUAAUUGCUUUGACUUGUCCAAACAUUAAGAUCCUCUUCACAGAUCUCCCCUUACCUUGGCAUAUAGGAAUCUCAAAAGUUAUCUUCUCAGUCUCUGCCUCUCCCUCAAAAUUCAAGUCUCCGCAUAAGAAAGGAAGGCACUUUGUACAUGCUUAGAGGAUUUGGUUUUCAAUAUAAUGUAUUGACUGUUUAUUGAAAGGACCAAGGGCCAUGUCCUCAGAUAGGACCAUUUUCACUUGAGAAGGCUCAUUUAACAGAGGAUAGAAAAGUGACUUCAUAUUUGUUGUACAUUUAACCUCUAACUUCUAAUAACCAUCAAGGGCUAAGAAAGAAUCUGAGUUUCAUCACUGAGUAGAAACUUAAACCCGUUGUUUUUUUUUUAAUGCUUCUUUCAUGGUGGAUAUGAAAGUAGGAAAUGUAGAUCUUAAAAAAACAGAUUGAAAGGCUUCUUCAUGGAGCAGAAGACAAUUACCGUGCCCUCUGUUUCUUUCUUAAAACCACUGAUAAAGCUGCUAGCAUUUCCAAGAAAGAAAGAAAAAAGCAUUGACUUAGUGUGAAAGGGACUUGGGAAGUCAUAAGUAACGGAAGCUGUAGCCUGUGACGCAACCACAAAGGAAACGGAGAGGCCGUCGUGAAACCUUGGGUUGCAAAGACACACACUCAGAAUUACCCAAACUGUUGCGACGCAGCAAAAAAGGCGCAAGGAACUAGCCCUAAUUCUCAGAUCUGCACCAAGACAAUGAGCAACGGCACAGCUAACAAAAUGAAUGGCGCUCUGGAUCACUCAGACCAACCAGACCCGGAUGCCAUUAAGAUGUUUGUCGGGCAGAUCCCCCGCUCGUGGUCGGAAAAAGAAUUGAAAGAACUUUUUGAGCCUUACGGAGCUGUUUACCAGAUCAACGUACUCCGAGAUCGGAGUCAGAACCCACCCCAAAGUAAAGGUUGUUGUUUCAUAACGUUUUAUACCAGAAAAGCAGCCCUAGAAGCUCAGAAUGCGCUGCACAAUAUUAAAACUUUACCUGGGAUGCAUCAUCCCAUUCAGAUGAAACCUGCAGAUAGUGAAAAGUCCAACGCUGUGGAAGACAGAAAAUUGUUCAUAGGAAUGGUUUCGAAGAAGUGUAAUGAGAACGAUAUCAGAGUGAUGUUUUCUCCAUUUGGCCAGAUAGAAGAAUGCCGAAUCCUUCGGGGACCAGACGGACUCAGCAGAGUGCACAGCUUCAAUAUGGAAUCUAGCCGAGGCUGUGCGUUUGUCACGUUUUCGACAAGGGCAAUGGCACAGAAUGCAAUCAAAGCCAUGCACCAGUCCCAGACUAUGGAGGGCUGCUCUUCACCAAUUGUCGUGAAGUUUGCUGAUACGCAAAAGGACAAAGAACAAAGACGUUUACAACAGCAGUUGGCACAACAAAUGCAACAGCUCAAUACUGCCACUUGGGGAAACCUUACCGGCCUUGGAGGAUUUACCCCACAGUACCUGGCUAGAUUAGACAUUAAUAUGGAUUUACAGCAUCCACUCUGGGGAUCUUCAUUCCAACACCAGGCAGAAGCAAGAGACUGUUUAAAUCUUCUGCAGCAAGCAACAUCCUCCAGCAAUUUGGGUGCCUUCAGUGGCAUUCAACAAAUGGCUGGAAUGAAUGCUUUACAGCUGCAGAAUUUGGCAACCUUAGCAGCCGCAGCCGCCGCAGCCCAGUCCUCGGCCAACACUGCCAAUGCGAAUCCACUCUCCACAGCAUCAGGGGCCCUUGGUGCACUCACAAGCCCAGUGGCUGCAUCAACAGCAAAUUCCACAGCUGGGGCAAUGAAUUCUUUGACUUCUCUGGGGACUCUGCAAGGACUAGCUGGAGCAACGGUUGGAUUGAAUAAUAUUAAUGCACUAGCAGGUACCGUAAACAUUGCUCAAAUGCUCUCAGGUAUGGCUGCCCUGAACGGAGGACUCGGUGCAACAGGCUUGACCAAUGGUACAGCUGGCACAAUGGAUGCCCUCACCCAAGCCUACUCAGGAAUACAGCAGUAUGCCGCUGCGGCACUGCCUACGCUAUACAGUCAAAGUUUGCUACAACAACAAAGUGCUGCAGGCAGCCAGAAAGAAGGUCCAGAAGGAGCAAAUCUUUUCAUUUAUCAUCUCCCACAAGAAUUUGGAGACCAGGACAUACUGCAGAUGUUUAUGCCUUUUGGAAAUGUUAUUUCUGCUAAAGUCUUCAUUGACAAACAGACUAAUCUGAGCAAGUGUUUUGGUUUUGUUAGCUAUGACAAUCCUGUCUCUGCACAAGCUGCAAUACAGGCGAUGAACGGCUUUCAAAUUGGCAUGAAACGCCUGAAAGUACAGCUGAAGCGCUCAAAAAAUGACAGCAAACCUUACUGACCGUUCUCCCAGAAGCUUUCUGCUCUUAAUUUAGAUUUCUUAGGACAUCUUCAUGCCUGUUAGUUCAUCGUUUGCCUAGCAUGUCCCUGUGACGUCUUAAAAAAGUUUCAUCGUCCCGUCAUUGUUUCUGAUGUCUUUCUUGACCUCACAUCAUAAUUUGGUUCUCCUACUGAUCUUUGAUCUAUAGUUUGAACCUUUGAAAUUUGCAUGUGACCUCAUCUAGCUAUAUGAAUUCUGGGAAGUCAAUGUGAAAAGCAUUGCUGCAUUUAUGCAAGAUCAAAAUUUAUUCGUAGUCAAAUUUAUGAUAGGAGUAUUUAAACACACACACUCACACACACACACACACACACACACAACCUGUGGCAAAAUGUUUUGUUUGAAGUUUUCGAUGUUCCUUUUUCCUUUUUCCCCCCUUUUAUUCUUUUCUUUUUUUCUGUAAAAAAAAAAACAGACUUGAAAGUAUUAGACAGAGACUGGCAUUCUGGCUGGUCUCUUAAUGACAUAGCAAUAUGUGUCCACACAGGCACAGAAUGUUGGUUUCUAACAGACUACUUCCGAAAUAGUUUGAAAUGAAGAACUGUCUGAUUUUAAGUCUCUAGAGGUCUGUAAUAGUUUUUACAUUUUUCAGGCAGUGUAAAGUUUUUUGAUAAGGCCAUUUUAGGUGGCUCACUUUCUCAUUAAGAAUAUAUAUAUAUAGAACCACUUUUUGUAGAUUAGUAUAAAAAAAAAUAUUUACCCUGUUUUAGGGCAAAUGCUACCUAUUUGUCACCUUUUGCUGAACUGAUUCACAAGUUAGACAAUCCAUGAAUUAAUGCACAUGAAAAUUACCUAUAUUUUAUACUGUUUCGAUGUACAGGAGAAAGGUUAUUGUAAGCUAUUGUUUCAUUUGGUGCUUUUGUGAAUUAAGUUGUGGUCUCAUCAUUGGGGGGGGGCUUCCUCAUGGUCUUUAAGUGUUCUGUGUUUAUAAACAACAGGUUUGAAAUUGGUUUUUACUUGAAGAUCAACAACAGAACAAAAAAAUGAAUUUCAAAAAAUGAAAAAAAAGUUGUUUGCUUAAAAUUUAAAAAAAAAAAAAGUUUUCAUGUGAAAAAUAAAAACUAUUCCAGACUAAGUUUGUGUUGGCUUCUGUGAGGCAUUGAUGUCAAUUUUUUUAAAAUUAUUAUUGUGGACAAUUUCGAUGUGUUUGUGUUCAGCAAAAUGUGAUUCAGUUUUCCUUUUAAAUAAAUAAUAAGAACUCAGUGGGGGGAAAAAAAUUAGUGCCAAAUUCCAAAGGUACUUCUCUUCCUAGAGCUUCAGUGUGUUUCUUGUGUGAAGUAAUUUGAUAACAUGGGUAUUUUAUUAUGUGUUUUGUAUAAAUCCCUAAUAUUUAAAGGAAAAAAAAAAGAGGUUAAAAAGUUUGUUAACUUGCUAUCCUGUGGUCUUGUUGCCUGAAAUUGUUGUUGUUUGUUAUUUCUCUUGGAUGUUUUUUGUAAAACAUUGUAUAAGUGCCCAUGUUUCCCUUUUCUAACCAUUCUGCGCAUCAAUGCUGUGAAUGCAAACCUCACAAUGUAAUUUCCUCAUAAUGUAUGGAAACCUCUAAGGUGAGAAAGUUUUGAACAUUUAACCUUUUCCACCCAGAGCUAUCUUGAGAGUUAAUACUUUUAUACAUUCACCAUUCUGCUCUUUAUUUUUAUAUACACAUUACACACACACACACACACAUGCAUAGUUGCGUGUGUACAUACAUGCACAAAUAUGCACACACACGCACGCACAUACACAUAUACACAUCCACACCUAAUUUUUUUGUGCUUUAUUUAAUACAUGGUUGAAAUCAGAAAAAUGCACAGGGCGGAUCUGAAGGACGAAAAUAAAUAUUUUACUGCUGUCUAAAGUUCUUCUGUAUCUAUAACUAAAAAAAAAUAUUUAACAUAGAAAUUGUAAAGCUCCUUUGUUUUUGUUUUUGUUUUAAAUCUUUUCUUAAAGAGAGCUUUUAAUAUGCUGCUGGUAUAUGAUAUUCUGUAUUUAAAAAAGAAAAAUAAUUCUUUAAUUAUGUAUUAUGUAAACCACUCCUAGAUAGGAGAAUUGAACCCACAAUUUGAAAUCAUUAAAAAAAUUAUUUUUGUAAUCAAAUUAAAUGAAUUUUUGCUUAAAUCCAGCGCACUAGAACUUCCUGGAUGAAAUUUUCUUGUGCACUGCAGUUAAACUACUUUUUAUGGAUGAGGUUUACACACGUCUAAAUGCUCUGAUGUGCUAGCUGCCAUAUUUGUACUGUGUUGGUCCAGAUGCAAUAGAUACAAAGUAGACAUAGCGAUACCUUUUGUUAGCAGGAUUCAUUCCUGCCAGCUGAUGAACAUGCAGGCUUCUGAUUUGUAGCAAAUCCUCAAAAAGGCAGAAGCAAAAAAAUGGCUCUGUAGUCCCUCAACCUGAGAACAAAUUACAAUAGCCCAAAAUCUUUUUUUGUGAGCACAGGAUGCAAGCUAUUGAUGCUCCGAGAAGCCAUUGCUGUAUGGUGGUUUAUAUGUAGGGUCUCCUCUGAUGUGAGAUUGGCCCUGCUAACCGUGACAUUAUGGGGCUGCUGCAGGUCUUGGGAAGCUGACUAUCAGCUGGGCUCCUGUUCCAGAGAAGAAUACAAAGAUUGUUUUUCAGCAGCUCCCCAAGAGCUGUGGAACAGGUGGUUAUCUGCUUGCAGGACUCUCCACCUUGUCCUGUUUCCCAGUCUGACAAUUUUCCGCAAGGUCCCUUCACUCAGAGCAUCACAGGACCUUGUCACCAUUUCCUCCUCUUCCAUAGGCCUUCUCUUCACAGCAGCUUUGCUGCUUCCCCUCAUAAAACCCAGCUGUUCUUUUCCAGGCUUUCCUUUCCCUACACCCUGAAAAGAAAUCUUAGUGAGACAUAACUCAGGAAGAGAGCAAAAUGGCCUCUUGUUGCUGUUUUUAGCCUUUUAGCAUUGCUAGUCAUCAUCUAGCCCAGUGGUGGCGAAUCUAUAGCACACGUGCCAGAGGCGGCACUCAGAGCCCUCUCUGUGGGCACACGCACCGCGGCCACUAACAGUCCAUUAGGCUGCCGCCAGCACAAAGCAAGCAAAAUGGCCGGCUAGCAAGCUUGAAUAGAGAUGUUAGAGUAUUGAGGUGGCCACGCCUACUUGGCCACACCCACCCAGUCUGCUGUGACCACCCUGGCCACGCCCACCCAGUGGGCCACAUACCCCAGCCUCUCUGAGGGAACCACAAUGCUGAUGCGGCCCUGGCACUUUGCAAUAAAUAAGUGGGUUUUGGGUUGCAGUUUGGGCAUUCGGUCUCUAAAAGGUUCGCCAUCACUGAUCUAGCCCCAUCUCAGCCAUCUGCACAAGUCACAAACCUAGAGUUUCAGAGAUGAUGUCUCAACCCAACAUAUUCUAAUGUACACUUUAAAACAGAAACAGAACCCCCAUGAAGCGAGUUGCAGGUAUCAACCCAUACUCCUGAUUUUCUUCUCCACCUCUCUCUUUCCCGUGCCACACAUUCCCCCCCUUUUUUUUAAAAAAAAAAAA